AUUUAAACGAAAAACUCCAAGUCACGGAGACAUUCAGAUUUCUCAGUUUGGUCCUAGCGGAUCACGGUACAUCGUUUUUUCCUUACACCGAAGCUGGUGCACCGCCUUUGCUGAACAUUUGCUUUGCUGCAAUCUGCGGGUUAUAAUAACUCAUAAGUUAGUGACGUUACCUGUUAGCGGAACCUACAAUCAUGACUACGACGCCCACGAUCACACCAACUGCCAGGGCGCAUCGUCGAGGCGCACUCCCCCAGGUUGCCGAUCGCUGGAACCAUGCUCUAGCCAAUAACCAUUUAACGGAUGUGGAAUUCGCCGUCGGACGAGAUAUCGAAUGUGGUGCAGCGAAGAUGAUUCGAGCUCACAGGUUAACGCUUAGCAUCAGCAGCGACGCAUUCAACAACAUGUUGACCGGAAAUUCGGCCGAGCCCAACGGCACACCCAUCCAGAUCCCGGACAUCACUCCGGAGGCCUUCACCAACAUGCUCAGCUACAUUUACACUGGCUCGGUUAAGGAUCUCAACGAAGACAAUGUUCAGCCAACGCUGUACUGCGCCGACAAGUACGAGCUACCGUGGUUGGCGGAUCUCUGCACGGAAUUUGUCCUGGAUCUCUUGAAACCGGAAAACUGCCUGAUGCAUCUGGAAAAUGCGCUGCAUUGGACGAAGGACUGCGAUGUUGUGAUCGAAAAGUGCUGGGACAUUGUGGAUGCAUCCAGCGAGGCUGUUCUCCAGUCGGAUUAUUUCAGCGAGAUGGAAUGGACAACGCUGGACAUGCUUCUGCAGCGCAACACAUUGUCGGCGGAAGAGAAUACCGUCUACUUGGCUGCGGAAAAAUGGGCAAGGGCUGCUUGCGCGCGGAAGAAUCUGCCUGCCGAUGCCGCCCAUCGGCGCCGCAUCCUGGGUAGUGCACUAUACCGUGUGCGGUUUCCCUUAAUGACCGACGAGCAGCUGGCCACGGGUCCCUUUAAGGACAAGGAUAAGCUGCUGACAAAAACGGAACUCGAUACGCUGUACCAGAUCAAACAUGCAGCCAGUAAUAACCUCCAGAAAUUCUCCAAGGAGCCGCGCAAGUAUGUGCUGUGUAACAUUGGGACGCAGUACUUGUACAAACUGGAUGAGAAGAUCUUCGUGUACGGUUUGUUCGAAACCGGCUACUGGAUGCCUGCCACCACUGUCGGCGAUAGUGUCGUGUAUGCACGGGGCAAAGGUCGCGUUGCCUUUUCCAAACCGGAUAAAACCGUUCGGGCUGUGGACACCUUGAAGCAUGGUCUGCCAGUGGAAGCGUACAUUGACGGAGGAUAUAAGGAAGCGACGUACGGCGCAUUGCGGGCUGGGCUACAUAUCGUUAACGUUGCCGGGCGCGAAUGUCGUGUGGAGUUCUGGGAGCUGAAGAUUGCCGGUCAGCGCCUCGAGGAGUGGAAGGCGAUGAGAAUGUAGUGCCAUUCGACGGCCGCUUUAAUGAGAUGGCUGUGCAGUUUGCAUGACGUUGACGGUCUAUGCAGACAACGUACUUCGUGACAUUUCCAAAAAAUGCCGGUUUGUAGGUUUACUUCUAUGAGUAUUUUUUGUAAAACAUUUUGAU